AUGGCAACAGCAAACACAUUGUUUGAUAAUGAAAACGAUGAAGAUACAGAUAAUUUACGUUAUUUUGAUAUUCCUUAUGCUGCAAAUGAUGACAAACAAUUUUUUUCUAUUAUUCUGAAUUCACCGUUGUUACUUAUAGAAGAAGCUAUUAAACCGUUAGUCCAUUUAAUUGAUGAUAUUGCAACAAAAGUCUAUAUUAUUAAACAACAAUUGACUGUCGAUGAUACUAAUGAUCUAACACUAGAUGAAUUAGGAGCUAUUCAUCUAUAUAUUUCGGAAGGGUCAUCACCUACAAAAUGCAUUUCUUAUCUUCUUAAUGAAACAAUUCGUCGUGGAUUUCCCGAAGAACUUCAACUAUGGUAUCCAUAUUUAAACUUACUAUUAAGAGCUCUUUGUAAAUUGCCAUCGAUAGGACAACAUUGUACAGUCUAUCGUGGUGUACGCUCAUGUGACUUAUCCAAUGAGUAUAAGGAUGACGGUAUAUAUACAUGGUGGACUUUCGGUUCAUGUUUACAAUCGCUUGAUCAAAUGAAAUUACCCACAUUUUUAGGUAAACAAGGCGUACGUACGUUGUUUAAACUUGAUUGUUAUAGUGGAAAACGACUUCCAUUUUCGGAAGAUGACGAAGUUAUAUUAAUGCCAGGAUUUCAUUUUCAAGUUGUUGGAAAAUUACGUUCACUAGACGAUCUAAACACAAUUUAUGUUCGAGAAGUACCACCAUCCUCAACUGAAAUCAUAUCACCUGUACCAAUUGCUACGACAGUAGAAGCAUCUGAAGAACUAUUAUCAUUAGCAGUUAAAACAAAACAACGACGAAAAGCAUCAAUGAAACCACGAAAAAGUUUCAAGAAUACUGCACAUCGAAUAAUACAAAUGUCACAAGUAUUACAGGUAUGUUCCGAUCAUAUCCUUGAAUUAUCUGGUAAGAAAUUGUCUAUAGACGAUUUAAUGCAUACUCUAAAUGAACGAUUAACACAAGAAAUAACAAUUCUUAAUUUGUCUAAAACAAAUUUAACAAACGAAAAAUUAAAAAUAGUUGCUGCAAUAUUACGAAAGAAUGUCACUCUUAUUGAACUUAAUUUAAGUUAUAAUCCAUUUGGUAAUACUGGUUGUUUGCUAAUCGCUCAAACAUUGCAUAAUAAUAAACAUUUGUUAACAUUGAAUUUGUACAAUACAAAAUUGUCUUGUGACGCUGGUCAAUAUCUAGCUGAAAUGUUGUCAAAAAAUCAUCACUUACGUUCUCUACAUUUAGGUGUUAAUUCACUUGGUAAUUUGGGAGUAAAAUAUUUGUUAUGUGGUGAUAUACAAUUGCAUCAUUUGAAUUUAUGUUGUAAUAAAAUUGAUCAAGACGGUUGUCUCUAUUUAGCUAACUUGUUAGAAAAAAAUCAAACACUUACACAGUUAGAUGUGGGCGGUAAUCCAAUUAGAGAUCAAGGAAUUAAGAUACUUUAUAACAGUUUAAUGAGUAACAAGACAUUAAUCGAUUUACAUAUGUGGCAUUGUCAAAUUAGUAAUGUCGAAACAAUAUGUGAUCUAUUGAAAUCACAUUCGACGUUGACACAAUUAGAUUUGGAAGGAAAUCAAAUAACAGAUGAACAUGCUAACGCUUUAUUAUUAGUGGCAAAAACUAACAAAACAUUAGAAAAGCUGAAUAUUUCUCAAAAUAAAAUUUCCGAUGAAUUUAGAAAAACAUUGCAACAACUGGCAACACUUCGUUUAUCUAUAGUUCUUUAG